GAAGAAAGCUCUUUUCUGUAUGGUUGGUUAUCUUGGGGAUUUUACUUAUUGUUGAUAGGGAGGGGUACAAGUGAAAGAGCCACCAGAGAGAACAUGUAGGGGAAGUCUAUGACUAAAGUUCCUUGGAGGCAAUAGAGGCUUUUUUAUUAAAGACAAAAGAAAAUCUCCCUUCCCAGAACAAGAUUUGCUCUUCAGAGUAUGACAAUAACUAGAGGUGGAGCUGGGCAUGUUGAAUGUGGUUGAUUUUUGUGGAGGAAAAAGGAAAGACAGAACCUGUGUGUUGAGGCAUGGGAGCUUAAGCAGUUUUAAAAGUAUGAGGAGUCAAAUAAACACCAGGUAAUUUGGUGAUUUGAAUGUUGUAUAAACCCAGUGCUAUUUGGUUUAUUUAGAGAGAUUUGCUUGUUGAAACAGAAAUUGCAGGCAAUCGGUAUCUUUUUUGUUUUGUUUUUAGAGGGCAGAUUAAGUCCAUUUUUCUAGCCUCAGUUUCCAGGAGAGGGAAAUUCAGGUGAUUCUCCACGUCCCUCUCCCUCCCAUUUUAUGAAGUUGACACUCACUUAGUAAGCAGACUAGUCUGGAGAUCAUAUUAGGAUAAACUGAGGUGCCAAAAGAAAUUCCUCCCAGCACAGGAGAAGGGGGAAAGAAUCCAGGGAGAAAAAUCCCAAACCUCUCUUAACCUUCUAUUCCUGGUUUGACAGCUGAUGUUUAGAAGCUUGUCUAGCUCUGCUUACAAUUCAGAACUGACUUGGGGUGGGGCAUGGGGUCAUUGUAGGGCAGUCUCUCUUGCAGGGACCAACAAAGCAGACAGCAGGCAGAUAACAUGGAGGCAUAAGACCCUUAGUAUAUCUUUUAGAUGCUUUUUUCCCCCCUCCUCUGCCUGCUACAUGUUUUCCCAGUGGCCAACCACUGUGCUGGCUGGCUUUUUCCAUUCACCUGGUAGUUAGGUUGCUUACAGACCAUUUCCUAAAUCUUAACAGGGUAGUGUCAGGCAAGCCUGCACCCUCUGUGCUUUGCAGAGCUAUAGAAUUUCCCUAAUGCACCUUCUAUCCUCCUCCCCUCCCCCUCCAGGAUGAGAGGGAAUACGCCACCCAGCUCAUCUAUUAAUAUGCGUUGAGCACUCUUUGGAUAAAAGAGAUGGAGAAAAACACUGUAGAGUAAUAAGAAAACACCUCCCCUCGACUCCCUGAGGGGUUUAGGGUAAAGUAGUGGGGAUGGCGGUGAAGUAAGCAAUCCCUAGCAACUUUGCUUCCAGCCGUCUUGACUUUACUGUAAGGUGCUUGGGAGCACAUAAAUGCAAGGCCAUUGAUUUGUAACCUGCAGGGCCCUGAUUGGCUUGGAGACCUCAGGCUGAGUUACGACAGGAAAGCCUCAAAUGCCCACGUUUUCUCUAACAUGCCACCUCUUCACGUGUCCUUGGCAUGGCCAACAAUUAAAAAAAAAAAAAAGAAAUGAUAUGCUUACGGACAGAAUGUUCCCAGUGGCUACUGGGGGAAGGGGAGGGAAGUGAAAUGCAGAUUGUGCUUUUUUUUUUUUUCUCUGCAGACUUGAAUUUUAUUUCCGCCCCCUCCCCUACACAUUCCUGACCUCUCCCUCCCCCUUCCUCUUUUCUUUCCUUCCUUCCUCCCUUCCUCCUCUUCCAAGUUCUGGGAUUUUUCAGUCUUGGGUUUGGCCCAAAGCACAAAAAAGGCGUUUUCGGAAGCCGACUGGGGUCGGGGCUGUGCGGGUGCACUAGGGCCAUUUGUUUGUUUUGGGACUUGGGGCAGGAAAUCUUGCUCUGCCUGAGUCACGGCGGCUCCUUCAAGGAAACGUCAGAGUUUGCUUAUCACUUGGGGCUGCUGUGCGCUGAGCCGGCUGCUGUCUUCUGCUGCUGCCGCCGCUGUUACUGCAGCUGUUUUAGCUAGCCAGGGAACCAGAGUGGUUAGUGUCGAACGCCCCGGGGCAGGAGGAUCCAUGGGAGAGAUGCAGGGGACACUGACCAGGGCCCGGCUAGAGUCGUUGCUUAAGCCUCGCCACAAAAAGAGAGCUGAGGCUCAGAAAAGGAGCGAGUCCUUCCUGCUGACUGGACUUGCUUUCAUGAAACAGAGGAGGAUGGGGCUGAAUGAUUUUAUUCAGAAGAUUGCCAGCAACUCAUAUGCCUGCAAACACCCUGAAGUUCAAUCUAUUUUGAAAAUUUCUCAACCUCAAGAGCCUGAGCUUAUGAAUGCCAAUCCUUCUCCUCCACCCAGUCCAUCUCAGCAGAUCAACCUUGGCCCAUCAUCCAACCCCCAUGCGAAGCCAUCUGACUUUCAUUUCUUGAAAGUGAUUGGAAAAGGCAGUUUUGGAAAGGUUCUUCUUGCAAGACACAAGGCAGAGGAGCAAUUCUAUGCUGUCAAGGUUCUUCAGAAAAAAGCAAUCCUGAAAAAGAAGGAGGAAAAACAUAUCAUGUCAGAGCGUAACGUACUUCUGAAGAAUGUCAAACACCCUUUCCUGGUUGGGCUGCAUUUUUCCUUCCAGACUGCAGACAAGCUCUACUUUGUCCUAGACUACAUCAAUGGUGGAGAGUUGUUUUACCAUCUCCAAAGAGAGCGAUGCUUCCUGGAACCCCGGGCUCGAUUUUAUGCUGCUGAAAUUGCCAGUGCUCUGGGUUAUCUGCACUCUCUGAAUAUCGUUUAUAGAGACUUGAAGCCAGAGAAUAUUUUGCUGGAUUCACAAGGGCAUAUUGUCCUGACAGACUUUGGACUCUGUAAAGAAAACAUUGAACACAAUGGUACAACGUCCACCUUCUGCGGCACCCCUGAGUAUCUUGCUCCUGAAGUGCUUCACAAGCAGCCUUAUGAUCGAACAGUUGACUGGUGGUGCCUAGGAGCUGUCUUAUAUGAAAUGCUCUAUGGUCUGCCUCCUUUUUAUAGUCGAAACACAGCUGAGAUGUAUGACAACAUUCUGAACAAGCCACUCCAGUUGAAGCCAAAUAUUACAAAUUCUGCCAGACACCUUCUCGAGGGCCUCCUGCAAAAAGAUAGGACAAAAAGGCUUGGUGCCAAGGAUGACUUUAUGGAGAUUAAGAAUCAUAUCUUCUUCUCCCUUAUUAACUGGGAUGAUCUCAUUAAUAAGAAGAUUACUCCUCCUUUUAACCCAAAUGUGAGUGGACCCAAUGAUCUUCGACAUUUUGAUCCUGAAUUUACAGAAGAGCCUGUUCCAAACUCCAUUGGCAAGUCCCCAGAUAGCAUCCUGAUCACUGCCAGUGUCAAGGAAGCAGCAGAAGCUUUCCUGGGUUUCUCCUAUGCACCUCCUAUGGAUUCUUUCCUGUGAACAUUCUUGGGCUGACUUUGAGAGAGAAGUUCUGAGAUGGUUUUGUUGUGUGUGUUUCAUUUAGUUUAGCCCUUCAGCUGAGCUGCCAACUGACCAGACAUCUUUUUUAAAAAAAAAAAAUUUGCACAUCUCUGGAAGCUUGGCAACUGUAAUUUCAACCCUACUGUUGGCUGAAAGCUUUGUGAAGAGCACAUACUCCUUUCAGUGAGGUCACAAGCUUUUCGUUUCCUUAUUCUUUCCCUCCAAAGUAAAGUGGUGCUAUCUCUUUGAAACAAGCGUGAUAUUGCUGUCAUGGAUAGCCAGCAUGGAGUUUUUGCAGGAAGGAAGGUGGAGUACUGAAAAUAUUCUUGUGAAGAUCUGUAUGGGCUAUGAUAAUAGAUUUUAUGAAAUGUGCCUUUAUCUGAUGAGGUCCAUGUUAGCUCCAAAGCUUUUUUUUCCUAUUUCAGAGUGUUUCAACUUUUAAAUCUUUUUUCUCCCCCUCUGGGUUUACUAUGUGAACAAUGGUAUGUAUGUGUGCGGUAUGCUUACUACAGAUGGAUUUAGUUAUAAGCUUCAAUGUGACACUUGCAGGACACUACAAUGUGGGACAUUGUUUGAUUCUUCCAUAUUUGGAAGAUAAAUUUAUGUGUAGACUGUUUUUGUAAGAUAUAUAUAUAUAUAGUUAAUAACUAAAAUUUAUUGAAAAUGGUCUUGCAAUGACUUGGACCCAGAUGCUUGAAGAAAGCAUUGCUGCUACAAAUAUUUCUAUUUUUAGAAAGGGUUUUUAUGGACCAAUGCCCCAGUUGCAGUCGGUCAAAGAUGUUGGUUUGUUUCAUUGUUUGUUUUAAAAUGUCACCUGUAAAAUGGGCAUUAUUUAUGGUUUUUGUUGUAUGUAUUGUGUAAAGAAAGGUCUGUACAAUGUGUUAUGACACUAGUUGUAUAUUUAAACUUACAGACUUACAUGUAAUGUAUACCAUCAUUGUAAUGUACCGUGAUUAACAUGGUUAUAAUAUGUACAACCCCCUUCCCUUACCACACAA